GGAGAUGUAGGGUUUUCACGACAGAAACAAGUUUAUUAGGUCAAUUCUGUAAGGCUUUAACCAUGAAUGUAUUUGGGCUAGCGGAUUGAGGCAACGUUCUUCUGACCUUAUCUUAAUCGGAAUUACGCCUCCAUUGUCUAUUGAAGGAUUUUCUGUAAAUGCUUGACGGGGAAACAAAAACCUGCUUUUCUUUGAUAAUCAUCUUUUCUGCUAAAAGAUGAAUGUUGAAUUAGACGAUGACAAACGCCAUUACUGAAUCAACAUUUGCGGUCACACGCUACGUGAUCAAGCACAGUGCUGUUGUAAUAGCCUGUCAAUCACUCACGUCCGGUCCUCGCUGAUUGGUCAACGAUUCCUCAUUUACAUAUGAAUCACGUGCAAAUGAACCCAUGCAGCUGCUUGAUGGCCGGGAACAAUUAGAAACGAGGUACAUGCAGAGAAUAUGCCAUAGCAAUAAGGAAAUUUCGUGCUAAAGACUUGCACGAUCGACACGAUCAAAUUGGCACUUAGAGCAUGACAUUGUUAACCACGAUUGAAACUGAGGAAAAGUUCCUUAAGCCAGAAGAUCGAGUCAAGGAAAUACAGCCAUCGCCGUUAGCUUUACUAGCCGCUGCUUGUAGCAGAAUAGAACAGAGCUUAGAGCAGCCAGAAUUACGGAGGGCAACUAGAAGAUCGACUUUGAAAGGACUAAAAAAUAAGGACCUAAGUGACAGUUCAUCAAGUGGGGUCGAAUUUGCAAUUGCCAAGGACCAGAAGCUUUUACUACCAAUCACAAUGUCUCCAGAACUUCAAAGAAAUCUCUGCAAGGAAAGCACUGAGCUGGGUGAACAUGAACUGCCAUCUUGCAAACAUGCUGGACAAAACCCUCCAUAUUAUAACGACGUUUGUGAACAACAGAGACGAUUUAAUACAUGCCAAGGCCCACUCGAAUACCAAGUCAUGAAUCGACAUCAUAUAAAUAAUUACUCCCCUUACCAUCACGCUCAAAUUCAGGGCAAUUUUGCAACAUCGCCUCUGUCAGUCACCCCAGUUCGCUUCAAUAAUGACACUCCGCACAGUCAAAUGACGACUCCGCCUCAAAGAUUGGUUUUGAAACAAGAGCAAGAACAAUCUUUGUCUUUGAAGCCAGCCUGUAUGUACGGAUCACCUUCCAAUAAUGGAACUCCGCCUCAAGAAUUAUCACCUCAGUUUUUUCAGCAAGCUCCUGUGAUAACUUUAAGCGCAAGCCAAAUAAACUACUCGCCUAACCCGUAUCAGACAUUCGCUCCGUAUCGUUCAAAUACUGAGAUAAAGCCCCUCUCGCAUUUACCGAUACAAAACAGACUAAACUGCUUCUCGAAUAGUCCUCAAAUGCCUUCUCAAACUCGCGACGGAUAUCAGCAGAUGGGCGGACAUUUUGAAGAGGCACUUCCUACCCAAGAACAACAGGUUAAUUUUAAAUGGCUUCGAAGUGCUCCGCCUACUGUCCUUGAAAACACAGCCAUGGCUUCACAAACUGUCGCCGUUAAUCUGCCAAUGAAUUCGAACUUAUGCGAUAACUUAUGUGAUAAUUGCUCUCAGAAUCCUCAUAUAAACAAUCAAAUACUUGAUCCACAAAUCCAGUCUUCUAUUUUGCAGAAUAAUUUCAUGGAAACUGAGUUGUGUUCGAGCUCUGUAAACACGUUAAACAUGAUCGCUGGUGUGUCUGAACAUAAUUUCGCUCCGCCUUUUCGGGAAGGCAGAAGGCCGCGAAGAAUUGCCUGCACGUGCCCGAAUUGCAGAGAUGGGGAUAACAAAACUGUUGCAACGAAAGAUGGUAAAACUCGAAAAUUGCAUAUUUGCCACGUUCCUGGGUGCGGGAAAAUAUACGGGAAGACUUCUCAUCUGCGAGCGCAUUUACGUUGGCAUAGCGGGGAAAGGCCUUUCGUUUGCAACUGGAUAUUUUGUAAUAAAAGAUUUACACGAUCGGAUGAGCUGCAGAGGCAUCGAAGGACUCAUACCGGGGAAAAGAGAUUUCAGUGCAAUGCCUGUGGAAAACGCUUUAUGAGAAGUGAUCAUUUAUCGAAGCAUAUGAGGACACAUCAAGGUCAAAAUAUAAAAGAAAAAUCAGUGGAUGACAAUGAGGACUGCACAAUAACAGAAGGCGAAGAGCAAAACAAAACAGACUUCAAGAACAGUUCUUCAUUUUCUGAAGGGGAAAAUGACGAAGAAACGAACAUAACUGGGGAAAAUAGCUCAGUCUUAACAGAUAACAAAAUAAAUACCGAAGUCAUAAGGAACCCCUUCGAAUAACGGAUUUUCUCGGCUGUGGCUUGUUAUUGUUUCCCGUCCACAAGGUUCCUUUUGCGCAUUCACAUAGAUCGUUGUAAAUAGAUAUUUUAAUGGUUUUAUUUUGAUAGAAAAUAGUUUAGAUUUUUAACA